AUGGCAAUUGAUUUGGAUGGGCAAUAUGGCUACACAGCCUGGCCUUCAAGCCUUUUGAAUUCCAUCUUCAAGUCCACAGUCAACAUGGCAGCAGAGAUGCUUGUCUCGGUGGCUUCAAGCUCAAAAGCUGACAACACAGAGAAGUGGAGGCCUACAGAUCACUUGAGGUUCAUGGUCAUGCUAACGACUUGGCUGAUGGUGUGGGUUCUUAGGUUUUUGAUGGAUCAUUUCCCCUGCUCUCGGAGUUCUUCUCCGGACUAUCUCCUCGGUGGCUUGUCGUCUGUUGGUCCAUUCCAGCUAGCUUCAUACUCAUCACCAUCAACAGAAGCAUUGUCGUCUUCUGGUUCAUCAUUGAAUUUGAUACUUCACGACAGGGUUGAUGGACCAUCUUUUAAAGCCCUGGAAAGAGCACUAACUCAUAUUUUGGCCUUACUCAACGAGAUACCGGCUUCAUCAAGAAAAUACCAGUUUACAAUGGCGAUGGCUGACAAGAUAAUGGAAGAUAACGCUAGGAACGGCCACCCGGAGCUUCUCCAUGUUAAUCGAAUGGCUCUCGGUCCGUCUUUUACAUGUGCAUCCGCCCUGAUAUACCACUCCUACAAAUUCCAGAGCACGCCAUCCGGAGAGGACGGUGAAUCGUGGCACAUGCGCGCCAUCAAGGCUAUUCCUUUCGGCUCGAGUAUAGCAUAUUACAUGAAGGGCAUAAGCAUUUGCUUUAAUGCAGCAUUUUCUUGGUUUGGCAGUGCCACUGGGCGUUUGCAGAGGAGGGAACCAGGAAUUGCUAGAGGUGAUGGACAGGAUUACCAUGGAAAGGUGAUGGCUGAGAAGUUGGCACAAGAGUUACUGUGGAUAACUAAAAAGCAUAGGAGUUAUGGGGAUAUUAAUGAGGCUUUGGUGCAGUGGAGUUUUGCUUCUGCCAUUUUAUUUGGGGAGCGGACUCGAAAUGACUUGCAAAUUUCAAGGCAAGUGAAGUUCCGGCUGCUGGGGCUUUGGAUUCCAUUGUUUUGCCAUGCAAGCAAUGGGCUUUGCUAUCCUGUCUUAACGAGUUUUCAGAAGGCAGAGUUAGAGAGAGCAAUGGACGAAGUAAUCUCCAGUUUCCCUGCAAUGGAUCAAGAAGUUAUCCUCACCAAUUGGAUUCAAGAAUAUGCUGUAUCUGUCUCUGAUUGGCCAAAUCUUCGACAAUCUUAUGAUCGCUGGUGCCAAUUUACUCGAGAGCUAAUUACAUAA